AUGUCGACCCAAUCCGCUCCGGCGGUAACAGUUGACAAAGCCCUCUCGUCAUCUUCCGAAUAUGACGGUUUCCAAGCAGGCGGACGCAAGAAGAAGCGCUCCGCUAACGGCGGUCCACCUGCCAAAAGGCCUACUCAGCCUGCCAACCCUCCAAAGAGAGACCUAAGUGUUGUGAUACAGAAUUCUGUGACGAUUGAAGGAAAAUAUCAGGCCAACCCAUCGGAAGAUGAUAGUAAUGGAAUUAUUUUUUUUGAAGAUGAUUUCGAAGAAAUAAAGGACUAUUCAAAUAGUGAUCCAGAAUUAUUAAAUAAAUCUCUGUUUGAUGCAUUUAACUGUCCUAAAGGUCAUUUGAAACUAUGCAAUACACAAAAGCAACAAUACGAAUGUAUAUCAUUGUACCAGUUUUUUAAAGAAACAUUGAAUGAAGGAACAGCGGAAGGAAACAAUUUAGAAGCAUAUAAAGAAAUUGACGAAGAUAUAAUAUACGAAAAGCAGCCCAAUGAUGAGGAAUUAGAAUAUAGAGUAUUGGAAAGUGUUUUUAUGUGUCCCUCAGGCACUUUUUAUGAUAAUGAUCAGUGUUUAACCCUAUAUCAAUUAAUGCACAAAGAAGAUCAUUGA